UGUAAACAAAGCAGCAUGGAGCCGUGAUGUCCGCAGAGGUCUGACGGGCAGAAUUGAUCAUCAACGAUCAUUUCAUCGAUACCUGGUCACGUAUCUGAUGUUGGCCGCGUGACGAACUUCCGGUUGUUUGUGUGUGAUGACGGAGAAACAAAAUGGAGUCUGUAAAGAAACGUGUGACUGAGUUUUCACUGGAGGCUCACGAUUUGUAUCUGAACCAAUCAGUGCCUUACCUGGAGGAGUCACCUGACCCUCUGCAGUUCUACCGUGACUGGAUUGGUCCAAACAAGCCCUGCAUCAUCCGCAACGCCUGCAGCCAUUGGCCGGCUCUGACCAGGUGGACACCGGAGUACCUGAGGGAGACAGUGGGGUCAAAGGUCGUCAGCGUGGCAGUGACCCCCCACGGUUACGCUGACGCCGUCAACGGCGACCGCUUUGUGAUGCCGGAGGAACGACCAAUGAGCUUCUCUUCUGUGCUCGACGUCAUCGAGGGGAAGCAGCAGCAUCGUGGUGGAGUCUUCUAUGUUCAGAAACAGUGCUCUAACCUUCUGGAGGAGCUUCCAGAGCUCACAGACGAUGUUGAGCCUCAUGUUUCCUGGAUGAGCGACGCACUGGGAAAGUUACCAGAUGCUGUGAACUUCUGGCUAGGAGAGGAGAGCGCUGUAACUUCCAUGCACAAAGACCACUAUGAGAACCUCUACUGUGUGAUCUCUGGAGAGAAGACCUUCCUCCUCCUCCCCCCGACUGAUCGACCCUUCAUCCCCUACGGUGUGUAUCAGCCGGCUGUUUAUCAUCAGAGAGAAGACGGUGAGUUUGAGGUCGUGGAUCAAAGCGACUCUGAGAAGGUCCCGUGGAUCCCCCUGGACCCCCUGGACCCAGACCUGGACCGGUACCCUGAGUACCGGAAAGCUCGGCCACUCCACUGCAGCGUGAAGGCCGGAGAGAUGUUGUACCUCCCGUCACUGUGGUUCCACCACGUCCAGCAGUCUCAUGGCUGCAUCGCAGUGAACUUCUGGUACGACAUGGAGUACGACAUCAAGUACAACUACUUCCAGCUGCUGGAGGGUCUGUGUGAUGUCACGGGGUCCACAAUGACAUCACAGCAGCACGACGUCAUCGGUGAAACAAGGACUGAGCGAUCUAAAGAUUUAAAAUGUGGACAGAAAAUAAAGUUUCCUUAAGAACGUGAAAUGAGUCGAAUCUGUUUGAACAAGAAGAACUGACGAGAAAGCACUUUAUUAAAGCAACACGAAGGAAAACAGCCUUAAAAACAGAACUCUCUGUUGCUCUGCUUUAUAUAUAAUCUGUAAUAUUGCAGCAUCUCCACCACUCAAGGCCACGUUAAGAACAAGAAGAACUGAUGAUUAUUGAUCGUUCAUAUUUCCUUUAAACUCUUUAUGAUUUAUGUACAAGUGUAAACAGCGUUAAUGUGGAUUCUUCUUCUCCCGAAGAGCCGCCUCUUCACAGACGAUGAUCUGACUCUUCAUCGUGAUGAAGAUGAAGAAUCUGAUCUGUGAUCAAAGAGUCAACAGGUGACGUGAUGGGACGAAGAGGAGGAGGAAGAAGAGGGAGAAGAGGAGGAGGAGGAGGUCCUGUCUGAGACUCCUCCUCUGGUUCAGAUCAUGUGACGGAGCUGUGAGGAGCCCGAAGUUCACCUUUAAACACAACUCUGACUUGCUGUUGCAUGAUGGGAGCUGUAGUCUCUCAGUCGUCAUGGCGACCCCUCCUGUAAACGUCGAUGCUGUGAAACGCCGGUACCCAGCGGUUGUCAUGGAGACCCACAUUGCAGCCGGGCGCGUCCCUGCGGGCGGCGUGGCAACACAUCCAGUACCAGAGUCCGUAGGGCAGCGCCCGGCAGAACGGUUUGUGGUGCCACCGGCAGAGAGACACGUCACCGCGGACGAACCGACGCUUACACUGUUUACAUGGGUCAUCGCGGUAACGGGGGUCAGACACCCACAGAGAGUCAGAGGGACGAACGCCGUAAUCCUCGAUGACCGAGAGGAAGAACCGGCAGCUGCACUUGAGCGCCGCGAGGCUGAGCGUGGGCAGCAGGGUCAGGAUGUUCAGCAGCAGGUGGUGAGGCAGCGCAGAGAGGAACGGACGAGGCUCCAGAAGCUGCUGCAGCCGCCAACGCAUCAACAGGAAGUCAUGUGACACACGCCGGACCAGAGGAACGAUGACCUCAUCUUCAUGUGACACACGCCGGACCAGAGGAACGAUGACCUCAUCUUCAUGUGACACACGCCGGACCAGAGGAACGAUGACCUCAUCCUCCUGAGCUCGGUCGGCCCGGUCGGCCCGCCUCCUCCUCCUCCUCCUCCUCCUCCUCCUCACCUCCGAUUGGCUGACAGAGUCACAGCGAGCUGGAGUGGGGUGGGGCUGAGAGGCGGGAGGCCAAGACAAAAACAACAAGCCCGGCAGAGGCUCCGCCCCCUGGGCCUCACCUGAGGGGGGCGUGGUCAGAGCUGGUUCAGAGUAGCUGGUUGGCUCCCGGCCCAAAAUCUGAGCUACCGGCAGUGAUGGGGAUGAAGGCCGACAGGGGGCGGGGCUCUGGUCCCCGGCGGUGAGCAGCACGCGUGCCACCGUCCUCAGGCUGUUGCUCCUCGACAGAUCUCCCUCCGUCCUCUUCAGACACUCGGACUCCAGCUUGGCCACCAUGUCCGACACUCUGAUGCUCUCUGGCUCCUCCCCCCGGACCUCGGGGGGCGGGGCUCUGGACAGCGUGAUGGUAGUGGAGCUCCUCUGGAGGGCGACCACAGGUUUGGAGUCGGGCUGCUGCUCGCUGGCUCUCUGCUCCAGGAACGCCACCAUCUCCACCACUGACAGCGUCUGCUCCUCUGUCACCAGCUCACCGCCCGAGUGCCGUGGAGACGGUCGCUGUGCGUCCUGGAUCCGAGUCCUCGAGUCCUUCUGGAGGUUCUGGUUGCUUCCCGACCUGCGGCGCCGUUUGGCGCUGCAGUUUUCCUCCCAGCUUCCCUUUGCCUUCCCGGCCCGCGACAGUCCCGACACGGCACCGUGGUUCGGACACACAGACGGCGUCCCGUCGGAGUCACCGGUUGAGGUGCGCUCGCUGCUGGCGCCGUCGUCUGUGCGCUCGGCAUCUGAAGCAAAGAUGGCGAUCUUCUCCCGGACGUGUCCAGGCCGGAUCACAGUCCAGA